UAAAUCUAUAAAUAAAUCUAUCUAUUUCUCCAUUGAACAUUUCAUUAUUAAGAAACAACUUCUCUUCUGCAUAUGAUUAUGGAGACAGUUUGUACUAAAGAUCGAAUCUUUCAACUCUCUUCCGACCCGCGGCGGUUUUACUUCAACAAUCUCGACGGAAUUUCUCCGAAAAGUUUGGAUCUUGAUACGUUCUUGGAAUCUCCGGCGACUUAUAAUACUUUCGGGGGUUCAAAUUUUCGUAAGUUCUUGCCCUACAACAAUCUUGAUGACGAUGAAGACGACCCUUUUGCCGCGGAUCUUUUCCGGAUGUACGACUUUAAGGUCCGCCGCUGCACCCGCAGCCGCAGUCAUGACUGGACGGAUUGCCCGUUUGCCCACCCCGGCGAGAAGGCCCGCCGGAGAGAUCCCCGGAAGUUUCACUACUCCGGCGCCGUCUGCUCGGAGUUCCGAAAGGGUAACUGUAGCCGUGGAGACAACUGUGAGUUCGCUCACGGGGUUUUCGAGUGCUGGCUCCAUCCGGCCCGGUACCGGACGGAGCCCUGCAAAGACGGCCGGAACUGCAAGCGCAAGGUGUGUUUCUUCGCUCACACUUCCCGCCAGCUUCGGGUUCUGCCGGUGAACGGCCCUGAAAGUAGCAGCUCCGCCGCGGCGGCGGCCAAGAAGAAGUACUACCGGAAUCUGAGCAACAGCAGUAUGUAUUGCCACUCGCCGACCUCGACUUUGAUGGGUAUUCCACAGGUUUCCCCGCCGUCGUCCCCUUCCCUCUCUCCGCCCAUGUCACCGGCCGCGGCAAUCCCGUUUUGUCGGUGCUGCGGCGUCGAGCCGCCGUAUGGAGUGGCUUCCGGCGGUCAUUUUGAUGCCAUUGCGAUGCUGAAUUACAAAAAUGCUUUGACCGAACUGGCCAAACAGGUAACGGUAAGCAGGAAUAUAAACAGAAAAGCCAAUCUCAUUGCGAAUAUUCCGUCGGUCAAUGUCGGAGUCAACUCCAUUAUUGAACACGCGGAUUAUUACAACAAAAAUUUGAAGAGUUGUAAUUCGGACUUGCCCGGUGGGAGAAUCAACUGCGACGGUGGUGAAGGGAAAUACAACAAUGACGGAGGGUUGACUGGGAUUGACCUCGGUUGGGUCAACGAUCUGUUGACCUAAUUAACAAGAUUGAACAAGGCUAAGUACAUGGAGAAUUAUGUACAUAAUCUACUGAUAAAGAUGCUGGGGGUGCACCAUAUAUCUGGUUCGACUAUUUAUUAUAGGAGUAUUACGUAUAUGGUUGUGAAAUUAUGUGAUGAUUAUAUUUACUUUUUCAGAUUUUUUGAGCUUAAAGCAUGUCGGGGAGUGUUUAAACUAGCUAAUUGCUCCUGAUGUCAGCUUUUAAUUUAAGUAGUGUUUAAUUACGUGUUUGAUUUCCGGUAUUCAUGUAAAAUCGAAUGUGAUGUCCUUUUCAAUGAAGUGUUACUGUUUGC